AUGAAAAUCAUAGCUUAGGCGUACCUACUGGUUGUUUGGACGCAUAACCUCAAAUUCGCAGCCUCUGAACACAUUUUUAUUUACUUACGUGUGUUUUUGCGGACAAUUAAACAUUGAUUAGUGAUAUAAAAGUAGUAUUUGAAGAUGCCAAAAGUGAGAAGGAGCAAGAAAUCACCUCCAGAGGGUUGGGAACUGAUUGAACCGACUCUGGAGGAAUUGGAGCAGAAGAUGAGAGAAGCCGAAACCGAACCACACGAAGGCAAACGAAAACAAGAAUCUCUGUGGCCUAUAUUCAAAAUUCAUCACCAGAAAUCCAGAUAUAUUUACGAUCUGUUCUACAGAAGGAAGGCUAUUAGCAGAGAGUUAUAUGAUUACUGUCUUAACGAGAAAAUUGCAGACAAGAAUCUCAUUGCCAAAUGGAAAAAAGUGGGAUACGAGAACUUAUGCUGCCUUCGCUGUAUUCAAACCAGAGAUACAAACUUUGGGACGAAUUGUAUAUGUCGUGUGCCAAAGGGCAAACUUGAGGAAGGGAGAAUCGUUGAAUGCAUCCACUGUGGAUGCCGGGGAUGUUCUGGUUAAUUUUAAGGAAUUUAUAAUUAUCUUAAGACUUAGGAAUUAUCAGUUGUAUCUAAAUCAAUUACUCUUGUAAAUAAUAAGAAAUUGAUGAAUAAAUGACACAUUAUUAUAGUAAUACAAA